AUGCAGCCAUUCUACACACGCUCUCUUUCCGGGCUUGCUGUUGAACCGCGGAUCCUACCUCUGCAGCGACUACCAACACAGAUCCUUCGACGGUCCUUCCAAACGCAAUCUACGGACCUCCCCUACGUCAAGAACAACAGUGCCUUUCGUCCAGGCCACAAACAGCUUGCUGUGCGACCUCCAACUCUACAAACGAGGCCCUUUUCUCUUUCAUCUUCGAGGCUCGGAGCUCCAAGACAUCGUUCUUUGAAGCCGUUGCCUCCUCAGACUUCUGCGAUUCCAACUCCCUUGCGGCCUUCAGCUUCUCCUGCAGCUAACAUGUGUCGCUUCAUGUCCGACUCGCCUGGUGCCGCAACCACUCAAGGCCGAAUCGUGCUCCCCACAAAUGUCGUCCCGAAACACUACGACGUGACCCUCGAGGUCGACUUUGAGAAGUUCGUCUUUCAGGGAACCAUCGUCAUUGACCUCGACAUCGCAAAGGAUAGCACCUCUAUUUCCUUGAAUACCGUGGAGCUCGAAAUCCAUUCCACAACCGUCCACGCAGACGGCGUCCUAAUUACGUCCUCUCCGAAGCUCUCGUACGAUGCGGACACACAAACAACAACCAUUGACCUUGGCGAAGGCAAGUCGCUGUCCAAGGGCCAGAAGGUGCAAUUGAAACAUACGUAUACGGGUCAAUUGAAUGACAAAAUGGCCGGAUUCUACAGGUCCAAGAGGAGAGACGGGCAGUAUUUGGCAGUCACCCAGUUUGAGGCCACUGACGCCAGGCGAGCGAUGCCUUGCUUUGAUGAACCUGCACUCAAGGCUGAGUUUACGGUCACGUUAAUUGCCGAUGAGGGUAUGACGUGUUUGUCGAAUAUGGAUGUGGCUUCGACCGAGACUGUGCAUUCGGACAUCAUCGGUGGGAAGAGGAAGGCCGUCAAAUUCAAUCGAUCACCCAAAAUGUCAACUUAUUUGUUGGCGUUCAUCGUUGGAGAGUUGAAGUCGAUCUCUACGGACAAAUUCAGGUUACCCAUCAAGGUGUGGAUGACCCCCGAGCAGAAUGAAGAAGACGGACGAUUUGCCCUCGGUGUUGCAGCCAAGACUCUGGCAUUCUACGAGAAGGCGUUCCAAGCUCCCUACCCUUUGCCUAAGAUGGACAUGGUGGCAAUCCCUGAUUUUGCCGCUGGUGCAAUGGAGAACUGGGGUCUGGUCACUUACCGAGUGGUGGAUCUGCUCUUCGAUGAGAAGUCGGCGGGUGCUGCGACCAAAGAGAGAGUGGCAGAGGUUGUGCAGCAUGAACUGGCACACCAAUGGUUCGGAAAUCUGGUGACAAUGGACUUCUGGGACGGCUUGUGGCUCAAUGAAGGGUUUGCAACUUGGAUGAGCUGGUACAGCUGUAAUGAGUUCUACCCCGAGUGGCGGGUGUGGGAGACCUUUGUGAUCGACACCUUGCAAUCAGCCUUGGGAUUGGAUGGGCUCCGAAGUUCUCAUCCGAUCGAAGUACCUGUGCAUCGUGCAGAGGACAUCAAUCAGAUCUUUGACGCCAUUUCCUACUCGAAGGGAUCGGCUGUCCUGAGGAUGAUUUCGAAGUAUCUCGGCGAAGACGCCUUCAUUGACGGCGUGAGGAGAUACAUCAAGAAACAUGCCUGGGGGAAUACACAAACAGGCGAUCUCUGGAACGCACUGGGUGAAGCGAGUGGUAAGGACGUUGCCCAUGUAAUGGAUAUCUGGACGAAGAACAUUGGGUACCCGGUCGUAACAGUGACGGAAAACGAGAAGGACUCUACCAUCACAGUUAAGCAGAACAGAUUUUUGCGCACAGGUGACGUUAAACCGGAGGAGGAUAAGGUCCUCUACCCGGUCAUCCUCGGGUUAAAGACGAAGGACGGAGUGGAUGAAAGCCUAAUGCUCACUGAGCGGGAACAGACGUUCAACAUCAAGGGAGGACUGGACUUCUACAAAUUGAAUGCAGACCAUUCGGCCCUCUACAGGACGAGCUACACGCCACAGAGACUCGCGAAGCUUGGUGAAGCAGCGAAGAAGGGCCUGCUUUCGGUUGAAGAUCGAGCCGGUAUGAUCGCUGAUGCUGGUGCCCUUGCUGCUAGUGGAUACGGCAAGACAUCAGGUAUUUUGAGCCUUCUGCAAUCGUUCAACACCGAGACACAGUUUGUGGUGUGGAACGAGAUUCUCAGUCGGAUCAACGCCGUCAGGAAUACCUGGAUCUUUGAGGAUGAGCCGAUUAAGGAUGCACUCAAGGCCUUCCAGCUGAAUCUGACAUCUGCAAAGGCCCACGAGCUAGGAUGGGAGUUUUCUGAAAAUGAAGACCACAUCUUAAGCCAGUUCAAGAGCCUGAUGUUUGGCUCUGCUGGCCUUGCAGGGGAUGCGAAGAUCCAAGCUGCCGCAAAGGAGAUGUUUGGGAAGUUCAUGAAGGGUGACUAUUCUGCGAUUCAUCCCAACCUCCGGUCAUCGGUAUUUGCGAUGGCAUUAAGAGACGGAGGAGAGAAGGAAUGGGAUGCGCUGGUGGCAAGGUAUCACUCUGCGCCGACCUCGGACGAGAAGAAUACUUGUCUGCGGACUCUUGGGCGAGCAAAAGAUCCAGAACUGAUCAAGAAGACGCUCGAGUUUGCAUUGAGCGGACAGGUCAAGAUGCAAGACAUCUACAUGCCUAUCGGCGGCCUGGGAACUACUUCGGAAGGCAUCGAGAAAAGAUGGGAGUGGAUGUGCGCCAACUGGGAUGAGCUCGUGGAGAAGCUACCUCCCAGCAUGACCAUGUUGAGCAGUGUCGUUAGCAUCUGUGCUGCGGGCUUCACGUCUGAUGCACAGUUGAAGAAGGUUCAAGAUUUCUUCGAAGGCAAGGACAAGAAGGGAUUCGAUCGCAGCUUGCAGCAGAGCAUGGACAGUAUCCAGGCGAAGGCGAACUGGCUGAAGAGGGACGGCGAGGAUGUGCAGAAGUGGCUGAAAAGCAGUGGGUAUCUGAAAGAAGGGGUGGUGAGCGGGAAGCUGUAG